AUGCCCCAGCAAACAGCACGCGGUUGCAAGCACGCGCUCUCCAGCGAAAUUCAGUCUAGAAGCGCGCGCGAGCCAGCCAUCCUACUGCAGCCACCAGUAACGCGCUGCUCGCCUCACGGAUUUCUCCAAUACACGAAAUGCGUAAGGCCGCGUCUACACGUUUGGACUCAUUUCCGCCCCUGCUUCCCCUCAUUUCCGCCCCUGCUUCCCCUCAUUUCCGCCCCUGCUUCCCCUCCUUUCCCCCCACGCAUCCCCUCAUUUCCGCCCCUGCUUCCCCUCAUUUCCGCCCCUGCUUCCCCUCCUUUCCCCCCACGCAUCCCCUCAUUUCCGCCCCUGCUUCCCCUCAUUUCCGCCCCUGCUUCCCCUCCUUUCCCCCCACGCAUCCCCUCAUUUCCGCCCCUGCUUCCCCUCAUUUCCGCCCCUGCUUCCCCUCAUUUCCGCCCCUGCUUCCCCUCCUUUCCCCCCACGCAUCCCCUCAUUUCCGCCCCUGCUUCCCCUCAUUUCCGCCCCUGCUUCCCCUCCUUUCCCCCCACGCAUCCCCUCAUUUCCGCCCCUGCUUCCCCUCCUUUCCCCCCACGCAUCCCCUCAUUUCCGCCCCUGCUUCCCCUCCUUUCCCCCCUUGCUUCCCCUCCUUUCCCCCACUUAUUCCCCUCCUUUCCCCCACUGCUUCCCCUCCUUUCCCCCACUGCUUCCCCUCCUUUCCUCCACUUCUCUGCCUCGCCUUUCCCCCCCGUACUUCCCCUGCUUUCCCCCGCUGAUUCCCCUCCUUUCCUCUCCCCUCCUUCCCCCCGUUUCCCCCACUGCUUCCUCUCCUUUCCCCCACUGCUUCCCCUCCUUUUCCCCCCUCUCUGCAUCGCCUUUCCCCCCGUGCUUCCCCUCCUUUCCCCCCUCCUCCCCCCCGUUUCCACCACUGCAUCCCCUCCUUUCGCUCCCUUCCCUUGCUUACCCUCCCUCCCUCCCCCUACCUACUGUUUCCACUUUCCACCUCCAGUAUCGUACUACCACCCACGUUUCCCAGUAAUGCCCUCUCCGCAUCCCUUCUCACCCCCUCAUUUCCUCUCUGCAUCCCUUCUCACCCCCUCAUUUCCUCUCUGCAUCCCUUCUCACCCCAUCCUUUCCUCUCCGCAUCCCUUCUCACCCCAUCCUUUCCUCUCCGCAUCCCUCCUAACCCCAUCCUUUCCUCUCCGCAUCCCUCCACACCCCAUCCUUUCCUCUCCGCAUCCCUUCUCACCCCAUCCUUUCCUCUCCGCAUCCCUCCUCACCCCAUCCUUUCCUCUCUGCAUCCCUUCUCACCCCAUCCUUUCCUCUCCGCAUCCCUUCUCACCCCAUCCUUUCCUCUCCGCAUCCCUCCUCACCCCAUCCUUUCCUCUCCGCAUCCCUCCUCACCCCAUCCUUUCCUCUCCGCAUCCCUCCACACCCCAUCCUUUCCUCUCCGCAUCCCUUCUCACCCCAUCCUUUCCUCUCCGCAUCCCUCCUCACCCCAUCCUUUCCUCUCUGCAUCCCUUCUCACCCCAUCCUUUCCUCUCCGCAUCCCUUCUCACCCCAUCCUUUCCUCUCCGCAUCCCUCCUCACCCCAUCCUUUCCUCUCCGCAUCCCUCCUCACCCCAUCCUUUCCUCUCCGCAUCCCUCCACACCCCAUCCUUUCCUCUCCGCAUCCCUCCUCACCCCAUCCUUUCCUCUCCGCAUCCCUCCUCACCCCAUCCUUUCCUCUCUGCAUCCCUUCUCACCCCAUCCUUUCCUCUCCGCAUCCCUUCUCACCCCAUCCUUUCCUCUCCGCAUCCCUCCACACCCCAUCCUUUCCUCUCCGCAUCCCUCCUCACCCCAUCCUUUCCUCUCCGCAUCCCUCCUCACCCCAUCCUUUCCUCUCCGCAUCCCUUCUCACCCCAUCCUUUCCUCUCCGCAUCCCUCCUCACCCCAUCCUUUCCUCUCUGCAUCCCUUCUCACCCCAUCCUUUCCUCUCCGCAUCCCUUCUCACCCCAUCCUUUCCUCUCCGCAUCCCUCCUCACCCCAUCCUUUCCUCUCCGCAUCCCUCCUCACCCCAUCCUUUCCUCUCCGCAUCCCUCCACACCCCAUCCUUUCCUCUCCGCAUCCCUUCUCACCCCAUCCUUUCCUCUCCGCAUCCCUCCUCACCCCAUCCUUUCCUCUCUGCAUCCCUUCUCACCCCAUCCUUUCCUCUCCGCAUCCCUUCUCACCCCAUCCUUUCCUCUCCGCAUCCCUCCACACCCCAUCCUUUCCUCUCCGCAUCCCUCCACACCCCAUCCUUUCCUCUCCGCAUCCCUUCUCACCCCAUCCUUUCCUCUCCGCAUCCCUCCUCACCCCAUCCUUUCCUCUCCGCAUCCCUUCUCACCCCAUCCUUUCCUCUCCGCAUCCCUUCUCACCCCAUCCUUUCCUCUCCGCAUCCCUCCACACCCCAUCCUUUCCUCUCCGCAUCCCUCCUCACCCCAUCCUUUCCUCUCCGCAUCCCUCCUCACCCCAUCCUUUCCUCUCCGCAUCCCUCCUCACCCCAUCCUUUCCUCUCCGCAUCCCUCCUCACCCCAUCCUUUCCUCUCCGCAUCCCUCCACACUCCAUCUAUCCUCUCAGCAUCCUUUCUCUCCCCAUCCCUCCUUGCCACCAUCCCCUCAGGUUUUGUGGCGCUGUGUCCAGGAAAGGCGACCUGCUGCGUGCACUCUUUGCUUAGUUACUAG